GCCCCCUCACCUCCGGAGGAGCGCGCCCGCAGCGGACAGGUCGCUGCCCCGGCCCGGGCAGGCUCCGGCCGCCUCCGCAGGUGGUAUUUCCCUCUGGCCUUUGUAUGUGGACCACCCUCCCUCUGUCCUGUUCAGCCCAUUUAGAUUCGGAGUUAAAUGUAGGCUCUUAGUCCGGUGUAAAGCUGAUGGUUGGGAGCAAAGGUAAAGAAUGAUGUAAUGCAGCGGCAGCCAGAAAGCAUCUUUUGUUUGAAUUGUGAAAUGGCUACUCCAUAGUCGUCUCCUGAUGAAUCAGAUGUGAGGGGCUGCUUUGUGGAACGAACCCUUUGUAACGGCAAUAAACUGGAAGCAGGAGGAGACAUUCAGUUGAAGAGCUCUUUCUGAAAAUGGGUUUAACUUUUCUUUUGCCAGUCGCUACCAGCAUGACCUCAUACACUUCUGGUACAAUGGUGUGGCUAAGCCUUUGAGUACACAGCCAUUACAUCAUCGCAGCAAAUUAGAGAGGGAGGUGGUGAAAGAGGCCUUAUUGUUGUCAUGGCCGAUGAGAUGAUCAGGACUCAACUCAUUGUCGCCGAGAAGUUGGUGGCUUUGCUGGAGAGUGGUACAGAAAAGUUGCUGCUGAUUGAUAGCCGCCCCUUUGUGGAAUACAAUACGUCCCACAUCUUGGAUGCCAUCAACAUCAACUGCUCCAAGCUUAUGAAGCGGAGGCUGCAGCAGGACAAAGUUUUGAUUACAGAGCUCAUUCAGCAUUCAGCAAAACACAAGAUUGAAAUUGAUUGCAAGCAGGAAGUGGUGGUGUAUGACCAAAGCUCUAAAGAUGUGACCUCUCUCUCCUCUGACUGCUUUCUUGCUGUGCUCCUGGGCAAACUGGAGAAGAAUUUCAGCUCUGUGUAUCUGCUUUCAGGUGGAUUUGCUGAGUUCUCCAGCUCUUUCCCUGGUCUCUGUGAAGGAAAAUCCACGCUUAUACCUACUUGCAUUUCUCAACCCUGCUUACCCGUCUCCAACAUUGGCCCAACCAGAAUCCUGCCUCAUCUCUAUCUUGGGUGUCAGCGGGAUGUCCUCAACAAGGAGCUGAUGCAGCAGAAUGAUAUUGGCUACGUACUGAAUGCCAGCAAUACUUGUCCAAAGCCUGAUUUUAUUCCAGAAUCCCAUUUCCUGAGGGUGCCUGUGAACGACAGCUUUUGUGAGAAAAUUUUGCCUUGGUUGGAUAAAUCAGUCGAUUUUAUAGAAAAAGCAAAAGCAUCAAAUGGCCGUGUGUUAGUGCACUGUUUAGCUGGAAUAUCUCGCUCUGCCACAAUCGCUAUCGCAUAUAUCAUGAAGAGAAUGGAUAUGUCCUUAGAUGAAGCUUACAGAUUUGUGAAAGAAAAAAGGCCAACCAUUUCUCCCAACUUCAACUUCCUGGGCCAGCUUUUGGACUUUGAGAAAAAGAUCAAGAACCAGAGCGGGCAGCCUGGACAUAUUAGUAAGCUGAAACUUCUGCAUCUGGAAAAAAGCAGCGAGCACAUGCUGGUCCCAGAAGGUGGGCAGAGCAGCCUCUCCGCUAACCAGCUCUGCAUUACCGCUACCUCCGAGAUCGUGGAACAGAAGCCGGUGGACUGCGGCAGCACAUCGUGCGGGCACUUGUCCCCUCUGGAAGACGGCCCGCUGGUACAGGGCCUGAAUGGACUGCACGUCUCCCUAGAUAAGGUGGAAGACAGCAACCGCCUGAAGCGCUCCUUUUCUUUGGACAUUAAAUCCGUAUCCUACUCAGCAAGUAGCAACUGUGUGACGGCAUCGGUUCAGGGCUUUGCCUCCUCUGAAGACACCCUGGAAUACUACAAACACACGACUGCUUUAGAGGGCAGCAGCAAGUUGUGUCAGUUCUCCCCUGUCCAGGAGGUCUCGGAGCAGACCCCAGAAACCAGCCCUGACAAAGAGGAAGCAAACCCUCCCAAGAAACCCCAGAACCCCUGGCAGCUGGAUAGCCAGAGCAAAUGGCAACACCUGGGGAGAGCCAGUGGCAGCGCCACCACGCAGCGGUCGCUUCUGUACCCCCUUCACCGGAGCGGGAGCAUGGAAGACAACUACCGCACGAACUUCUUGUUCGGUCUCUCCACCAGCCAGCAGCAUCUGGCAAAGUCUGCUGCUGGGCUGGGCCUCAAAGGCUGGCACUCAGACAUCUUGGCUCCUCAGACAUCGGCUACGUCCCUUACCAACAGCUGGUAUUUUGCAGCCGAGUCCUCGCAUUUCUACUCUGCCUCCGCCAUCUAUGGGAACAGCACCGCUUACUCUGCCUACAGCUGCAGUCAGCUGCCCACGGGCUGCGACCAAGCCUGUGCUGUGCGCAGGAGGGCAAAGCAGGGGGAUCGAGGUGACUCCAGGCGAAGCUGGCACGAGGAAAGCUCUUUUGAAAAGCAGUUUAAGCGCAGAAGCUGCCAGAUGGAGUUUGGGGAGAGCAUCAUGUCAGACAACAGAUCCAGAGAAGAACUGGGCAAAGUGGGCAGUCAGUCGAGCUUUUCAGGCAGCAUGGAAAUCAUUGAAGUAUCUUGAGGGGCAGAGGCUUGUGUGACCGUAUCAGAGUUGCUUCCUGCUCCAGACCACUCCCCCAGCGCUUGAGAGGUCCCUGUAAAUCUGAAAAGAACAAACUUUGUGCAAAAAGGUGCGGGUGGGGGAGGGGAGAAAUGUGAGGCUUCAGUGUGAACGCAGAGACUAGAUUAGUAUGGCAAAGGAAUGGCAAGUGAGCAUCUGCCCAAGGAGACCAAGUGUGCCGCUGGGUUAUUCUCCUUCCCUUCCCUGGAGAAGGGCAGAACAUUUCAAAGAUCUUUCCCUGACAGAGGAAGCAAUUACAUGCAGUGGAUGGCAGAACCUUUCAGUGGUUUUUAAAAAGGAAGGAGCUCUCUUGCUAUCAAACCCUUUCUCUGGUUCCACUGAAACAUGCCCCUACCAUCAAAGCUAGUUUUGUUCUCCCCUCCUUACGCCCCACAUCUUCACCAGUGCACCUUAGCCCUGACACUGAGCCAACCUCUGGAGGGAGAGACCUUUUGCCUGUAAGAGAGGAGACCGGGAGCGAUUCCAAAGGAUGUAGGGACUGGUUACAGCAAGGCUGGUCUGAACACAGUUCAGACAAAUGUAAAUACUGGUGUAACUAUUGUUCUAAUGGAUAGGCUUUAGGUGAUUCGCUAGAGAGCUGCUUCAGAGAAAAAAAACAAAAACCCAGUACCUCAAAAAUAUAAAAAGUAAACUAGGGCUUUAUGGCUGCCAGAUGUCGGUAGUCGGUUCGUAAGCAAUGUGAACAAGUAAUGACUGGCCACAUUUGAUUUUUUUAUUUUUUUUUAAAGCUGUCUACGCACAAGUGUUUCAGUUGGCUCAGCAGCAGUUCUUGAAAAAGACAAAUGAACCAUACUUAGGACUGUUUCCUUCAGUCUUCUGAAACAUAAAAUAAGCAGUAUUUGUAUUUUUGAUAUUAAGCUGGCUUCUGGGAGAGGGGCAGUGGCUUUGGCUUCUAGGCUAUCACGGCGCGGUUAACACUUAGGGUGAUGGGCAAGAGAAGCGGCUAGUACAGUACCACAACAUCCUUCUCUUGCCAAUUGACAGUUCAAUAGAUGGCUGUUGAAGGCUUUUUGGUUUUGUUUUUAAAGCUAAAAAUACGUCAGGAUGGCCUUUUUUCCCUAACCAAGCAGUACCAUAUUCUUCAUAUAUUCUUCAUAUAUGGUUCCAGUCACGUGUGGUGGGGGGCAAUUCAACCGGUUGGUUUUUUUCCAUCCCAACAUAGAUGGGGACUUGGAGAUAGAAGCUUUUCCUUAGUUUUUCUGACUUAAUCUGAGAAAAAGUAGUCUGGCUGGCUGCCCAAGGAAAACAGGAGGGGACCACCAGCAUCCCAUCUCAUAGCGUGGUGUGAAAGAAAGGGGAUUUGAGAAAAGACAGCUUUAAUGGGAAGCCUGCUCACCUCCUGCGCUUGUGGCUCCAAAGGAAGCUGAUCCUGGUCCUUGUCCUCUGUCCCAGUGUAGGGUCUUGGCUUCCCAGCACACUGAUGCAUGACUUGGCUCCAGGCGCUUCUAGCCGUGCUGCUGCUGGCCACUACCGUGUUUUCACCCUCACCACCCUGGGGAACACGCCAGCUCGAGGAGGUGUCGCGUCCCGGCUGCCAGCGAGGCUGUUUCAUGAGAGAUGAGGCACAGCCCUUCUUGUGUUGUUUUUGACAGUGACCCAGCUGCUUCCCCUCCAGCCUGCCAUCCCCGUGGUACCUUGGCUGCGCUGCUCAGAUUGUUUUAUGUGCACACAUUGCUGCAAGAGAUGGUGCCAGAGGCACAGCAUAAAGCUUCACUCACCCUUCCUGCUCCAACGGGAGUCGCACACAUGUUAUCUUAAGUCUUUCCAGCACCCCUCAGAACAUGUGUAUCGGGGGAACUAUAUUAUUUUGUCCCCUUUCAGUGCAGGCAGCUGAAAAUUGUAAAUCGCAUGUAACAAAUACUUACUCCUGGCCAACAGCUUUAAAAAAAAUUUGUUAGUGGCAAACUGAAGCCCUAAUUCAAGUCAGCAGCUUGAGUUAUGUUUUGUUUUUUACUGUAAGUUUAGCUAGUUUUUGACUCAAAUCUCAGGUUUUACUAUAUUGAAAAGUGGAGAUGAUUUUGUCAUUGUAACUUUUAAUAUCCUACAGCGGACUGUUGGAAAAGAGCACUGAAAGCUACAGCAUUCAUUAACUUGAUCCUAAAAAGUGCAAAAGGCACAGAGGGGCAGCACCAGGAGAAACUGAACCCGGAGUCUGUGUUUGUGCAGUGUGCGUGAGACACUAGAAGAAGGGGUGGUCCGGGCAAGGGAAAGCAUGUCAGGUCUUGGCUAUUCGUUAAAACAUACUGCCGCUUGUCUCUGUUUACAUAUCAAGUGAAAGCAAUGACAUUACAACUGUUUUCAUGAUAUAUACAUACUCUGUGUGUGUGUAUAAACGCCUGUGUACACAGUUUAGCAGUGCUCCUCUCAGCCAGAUUUCAGUAAAAGCUCGUGUCUUUGAUUUGAAUUAUCAGUUAACACAAAUCAAUCCCGAGAGGCAAAAACAAUCUACCUGUCUUUUGUGCUCCUUCACACGUGUGUUCUCCCCUUCUCUAUACGUACCAAUAUGUAUGUUUGGGUUUCGUUUGGUUAAUCGCCUUCUGAGGAACUGAAAUCUGGUCUUCUGGCUCCUCGUGAUUUCCAAUAUGCUACAGUCACUGAAUGAAUCAAAGCUGGAGGCUCGGUACUGUUAGGGGACGGGUUCCUGUAGCCUUAAAGCCAUGUCCUGCACAGGGUGGUGCCGUCUCCUAUCUGAACUAGUGUCCUGUACCUGAACAAUGCUGGAAAUGGUUUGUAGAAGUUUGGGAAGUGGAGGAUGCGAGGCGGGGAAACGUGUAUAUGUUCAGUAUGAAUAUAAUGUUCUUUGGUGUAUGGCAAGCUGUUUAAGUGGUUCGGAGAGUGAGUUUCUCAUCUUGUUGUGUCAUGAGCAUUACCUGUAUGUUAUGAUGAAAUAAAAUCAGAAAUGGUACCUGUUUAUAGAGAA